AUGGACUCUUCUCAGUUUCGUGCUGCGGCACAUUCCGCGAUUGAUCAGAUAAUCGGUUACUAUGAUACGAUUGAAGACCGCAGGGUUUUGUCUGGUGUUGAACCUGGAUAUCUGAAGAACCUCCUCCCAGAUGGCCCUCCUGUCGAUGGGGAAGUAUGGGCUGAGAUUCAGAAGGACAUCGAGUCGAAAAUUAUACCUGGUAUAACACAUUGGCAAUCGCCCAACUUCCUCGCCUUCUUCCCUGCAAACUCAAGCUACCCAGGAAUCCUCGGCGAACUGUAUUCAGCGGCGUUUACCUCUGCAAACUUCAACUGGUUGUGCUCUCCAGCUGCAACAGAGCUGGAGACAAUCGUUCUUGACUGGUUAUGCAAGCUUCUCAAUCUCCCCGAAUGUUAUCUUUCGACGUCUCCCAAUGGUGGUGGGGGUGUCAUCCAGGGUUCUGCUUCAGAGGCGAUUGUUACGGUUGUUGUUACGGCUCGGGACAGAUAUCUUAAAAUGUUGUCUGCAGGGGCUAAGACGGCAGAGGAGAAGGAGGAAAUAAUUGACGCCCACCGACAUAAGCUCGUGGCGCUUUUUAGUGAUCAAGCGCACUCGUCAACACAGAAGGGCUGCCAAAUCGCUGGUGUCAAACAUCGCUCAAUUAAGGUACCUGGUUCUCCAACAUCAAAUUAUUCUCUCACUGGUCCAUUAUUACGUCAAAAACUCGAGGAGCUCAAUGAACAGGGCUUGGAGCCCUUUUAUCUAACACUUACACUCGGACUACUUCAACCUAUCUGGGUCCACGUUGACGCUGCGUAUGCUGGAGCUGCGCUGAUAUGUGAAGAAUUUCAACACCUCACAGCUGGGUUUGAGAACUUCGACUCGUUCGACAUGAACAUGCAUAAAUGGCUGCUCACAAAUUUUGAUUGCAGUUGCCUGUAUGUGAAAGAACGCAAGAACCUCUUUGAUGCUCUUUCAAUAACUCCCGCUUAUCUUCGCAACCCUUUCACUUCUUCCGGCGUGUUACCGACUAUCGUGACUGGCAGAUUCCACUCGGGCGUCGUUUCCGUGCCCUGA